UCAGCUGCAGUGGCUGCUGAUGCGCCCGGCACCUUCCUUCCGCCUAUGCUUCAAUGGCACAACACUGGAGCAGCACAUCUGAAGAGAACAGUGUGAGAAGCCGAGCCCAUGGCCACGUUCCCCUGCCAGCUAUGCGGCAAGACAUUCCUCACCCUGGAGAAGUUCACCAUCCACAAUUAUUCCCACUCCAGGGAGCGGCCAUACAAGUGCCUGCAGACUGACUGUGGCAAAGCCUUCGUUUCCAGAUACAAACUGAUGAGGCACAUGGCUACCCACUCUCCCCAGAAAUCUCACCAGUGCGCCCACUGCGAGAAGACGUUCAACCGGAAGGACCACCUAAAGAACCACCUCCAGACCCACGACCCCAACAAGAUGCCCCCGGCCGCCCUGCUCCCCGCGGCGGCGCCCAGCCCUCCUGGCCGGGACCCCAAGUACGGCGCCGGAUCUACCUCAUUCCCCGCCCUGGCCAGCCUGCCCCCCAAAGCGGACGUGAAAGGCUUCGGCGGCGGCUUGUUCGAGGACUUGCCGCUGCCGGCGCCGCAGUCCCCGCACAAGCCGGGCCCGGGCUUCGAGCUGCCCAGGGCCGGGCCCGGGAGGGGCAGCGCCAAGGAGCCGCCCGCCGACGCCGUGAACCUGGCCCUGCCCGCCUCGCUGGACCUCUCCUCGCUGCUGAGCUUCUGGCAGCUGCCGCCUCCCGCCGCCCAGGGCGCCUUCGGGGGCCCCCUCGGCCUGGGGCCCGCGGAGCCGCUGCCCCACCGGCUCGGCUGCCUGGGGCAGCAGCAGCAGGAGCCGCCGCUGGCCGUGGGCCCGGUGGGCGCGGUGGGCCUGGGCCAGCUGCCGCUGCCCCCCAUCCCGCACGUGUUCACGGCCGGCACCUGCACGGCCAUCCUGCCCCACUUCCACCACGCCUUCAGAUGAUGGCCUGGGUGUGAGAGACGCGAGUUGGUCUUUAUUGUAUUGUAUUUUAUUUUUUGGUCUUACUCUGGAAGAUGUUUUCUGAAGCCUUUGAAUGAAACAUCAUUUAUGCUACGAAGGAAGAUUUAGGAAACAGGACUAGAACUGUGGCUUAUUUGCUGAUGUCUGAUUGAGAAAACUCGCUGCAUGUGUUGUGCCAAUCCUCCCUGAGUGCUGAAGCUGUGUACCAAAUUUAACACGUGCGUGUUCUUUAAUCGAACUGCAAAUAUUGUCAUAACCAACAUCCCAAACCACGGCUGCUAUGUGUGUUCGUCGUAUUGAAUUCAGUUGUAAGCCAUGAUCAUAACAAUGCUAAGUAAAAAACUUUAUGCGGCACCGCCUAGAAGGGGAACUGCGGAAGCAUCCGGAUUUCUCCGCGUUGCGAGAGGUCUGGAAACGAGAGCCUUUGUGCGGCGUGUUCUAACUAGGCUGUGUGUUUCUUUUCAGGGACUUUUCUACCUUCAGGGUUGGAUGUAGUUUAGUUGCUAUUACCAUAGCAAACCUGGGAAUAACUCUUUGUGAGA